ACGCCGGUGCCGGACAGACUCUCGGCUCAGCGGGGCUCCAGCACACAGCAGAUGCGGAGCCGGGAUGUGGUGCGCGUUGCUGCCUGUUGUUUGUCCUCUGUGCAUCGAUUUUACUGUAAAACCGAACAAGAAGCAAAACAAAGUGCGUGCAGGAAGGAGACUGAAGUCGCACUCCGGCUGUGGAUGAAGCUGCAGACGGAUGAAAGUGGAGAGAAAGUAAAUGUGGAGAGACUUUUGUUGGAGACUCGUCUCUGGACUGCAGCUCGCCGGUUCUUUGUGCGGCGUGUUGCAGCUUUAACCAUUUGGGCAGAAAGGCCUCCAAGAUAGAUUCCCUCAGGAGUAAAGUGGACUUGCUGCGCCUCCCUCUGGCCCUCUCCUCCAAGUCCAUCAACAACUGCAAGUCCCAGUUGGGCGUGGCCUGGGAGAAGGGCGGUGGCUCGGGGACGGGAGUGGCCUGGAAGCUCCGCCCACCGCCGGCCUCUGAUAUGGACAACGAGUCGACGUACUCGGGCUACUCCUACAAGUCGUCCCACUCGAGAAGUUCCCGCAAGCACAGAGAGAGAAGGGACAGGCAUCGCUCUAAGAGUCGUGACGGCACCAUCCGUGGAGAUAAAUCGGUGAUCAUCCAGGCACCAGGGGAGCCGCUGCUGGACGCUGAGUCCACCAGAGGAGACGACAGGGAUGACAACUGGGGUGAAACCACCACAGUGGUCACCGGCACCUCUGUGGACAGCAUCUCCAACGAGGACCUGACACGCAUCUCUAAGGACUUGGAGGACUCUUCGCCACUCGAAUGCCGCCGUUACCUCAGCCCAGCAUUAGGAGCCAUCCUGGGGCUCAUCUCUCUGAUCACUCCUCUGGCUUUCCUGGCCCUCCCACAGCUCCUGUGGCGGGAAACGCUGGACCCUUGCGGCACGCCAUGCGAGGGUCUUUACAUUUCUCUGGCCUUCAAGCUCCUCAUCCUCCUCAUCUCCACGUGGGCGCUGUUUCUCCGCCCGCCCAGGGCCGCUCUGCCACGCUUCUUUGUCUUUCGCUGUCUGCUGCUGGCGCUGGUCUUCCUCUUCGUGGCUUCCUAUUGGCUGUUCUACGGGGUGCGGGUGCUGGAGCCCAGAGAGACGGACUACAGGGGGAUUGUGGGAUACGCGGCAUCUUUGGUGGACGCGCUGCUGUUCAUUCAGUACCUGGCUCUGGUGCUGCUGGAGGUCAGACAUCUACAGCCGGCUUUCUGUCUGAAGGUUGUGAGGACCACAGAUGGAAUCAGCCGCUUCUACAAUGUGGGGCAUCUCAGUAUUCAACGGGCAGCUGUGUGGGUUCUGGACCAGUAUUACAGCGACUUCCCCGUCUACAAUCCUGCCCUGCUUAACCUGCCCAAGUCCAUCCUCACCAAGAAGAUGUCUGCCUUCAAAGUCUACAACCUGGGGGACGAGAACAACACCAAUAACUCCACAGGGCAGUCCAGAGCCAUGAUCGCAGCCGCUGCCCGGAGACGAGACAACUCCCACAACGAGUACUACUAUGAGGAGGCGGAGGUGGAGCGAAGGGUCCGCAAACGCAAGGCCAGGCUGGUGGUGGCAGUAGAAGAAGCUUUCACCCACAUUAAACGUCACCAGGAUGAAAAUGCAGCGACAUCCUCACCCAAACACCCGCGGGAGGUGAUGGACCCCAGAGAAGCAGCUCAGGCCAUCUUCGCCCCCAUGGCCCGAGCCAUGCAGAAAUACCUCCGGGCCACCAGGCAGCAGUCCUACCACACCAUGGAGAGCAUCAUCAACCAUCUGCAGUUCUGCAUCACGCACAAUAUGACCCCCAAGGCUUUCCUUGAGCGUUACCUCAUCGUCGGUCCCACCCUGCAGUACCUGGACAACAGCAAGGGGCGCCAGUGGACUCUAGUGAGCGAGGAGCCGGUGACGGCGUCUUUACGUCAAGGUCAGGUCUUCUGCCUGAGACGCCUCGACUUCUCCUUAGUCGUCACGGUAACGCCUCUUCCCUUCCUGCGUCUGGGCGAGGAGUUCAUCGACCCCAAAAGCCACAAGUUUGUCAUGAAGCUCCAGUCAGAGACGUCUGUGUAGGAGGAGGAGGAGGAGGAGGAUCACUGGACGGGAAAAAGCAGCAGGAGGAGGAUGAGUCAGAAUACUAAUGUCAGGGUGUUUCUUUUUUAUACCGUUUAGUAUUACAUAGCUGUCUUUCAUGAUUAUUGUUUCUUGAUAACUGCUGCAUCCAAAUAUGCAAAGGUUAAAAUAUAAGCAUACAGAGAGGAUGACGUCAGGCAGCAAAAAUACCCCAUCACUGACUUUGUUCCUCUUCUUUUUUAGAGAAACAAAAACAAAUCUCGAUGCUCGUUUCUGUAAAUGCUGACUGUGAACUUCUCUUAAUGCACUGACGUUGCUUCCCUUUAUAGUGAGGAACACUGGUGUUUGGUCGCAUUUCCGUACAAAUGUAAUAAAUUCUUUUGAUAAAAAUGCUAUCCUUUUGGUUAAAAAUGAACACCUAGAUCUUGAGUCACUUGUUUUUGUUUACCAGUGUUGGAUGCCUUUUUUGUACACGGUCAGACUUGAGAGGCUUCACUUCAACCAGCUUUUUCUUAGAACUGAGUGUUGUUCCUCUUUUCCUUUCUAUUCUUUGUCAACUUGGCCUCCAAAGGCAAGAACCAACACAAAAGAACAGUGUGCCUUUUGUGUUGUGAUAUGAAACUGCUUUGGAACUGCUUCCAGUAUUUUGGAAUCCACUGAAAAAUUGUCUUAAAAAAUGCACAAACCUACUGAGUUCACAUUUAGGAAGAGCUCCACCGACAGAAAUCCAUUCAUUUUUUUGUCUUGCGAUCCUGCCGAUCUUGUUUAUCUUUUGGAACACCGAUGAGGUUUUAAUCUCGCACCUUGAUGUCAAUGAAUGUCUUUAGCAAAGUAACUUUAUGUGUGGUUGGAUGAAGUGGGAAACUAUUCCAAAGCUCUUGUUCUUGAAGCAUGUCAGGAACCAUCUGCUAUAUGCACUGGAUCUCCUGCAUCGUGUCAGAAUGGGGACUGUUCAAUUUGAAUUUCAUUGUGGCACACAGGGUGUCGACUAUGUUGGUGCUGCCAAAACACUCACAUUUUUGUUAUUGUAUGCCCCGAAUGUUGUCCCUCCGACGCUUCAGGAUUUCACAGUAGAACUCGCUAUGAUCCAAGAAAACGAUCACGGUGAGCAAUCCUGUGAAUGCUGAGGUUGUGCGCUCUUUACUUCAGUUUUGGAGUCUUCAUGCUUUUGCUCUGAGAAUAUUUGUUGUUUGGUCUCUGGCUGGUAGCUGCAGACCUGAAGGUUGGGCCUGAAUCCUCGCAGACUUCGCACCUGCUAGUGAUCACUAAAACCCAGUUCCAGAGCGUUAUUGCUCCCCGUUGUGUGAUUGUGAUUGUUCUUGCACAACAGAACAUUAAGUUUUUGAUUGAAUAUCCCUAAAUCUGCUUCUGCCAGCCAAUGAUUUUGUUGUGUUUUUGUUUAAAAUAGAAUAAUUCAUCAGCUGCCAGAAUAGGUGCAAAGUUAAAUACACUAAUCACUCAUAUUAGGUUUCCUGGAUGUGUGCUUUAACACUGAAGCUGCUGUAUAUAGUCGGGGUCAUCAGCAGGCCCAGAGCAGGUUAAUCCAGCCUUUUGUGUAUCUUUUAAUUCAAAGAUGUCCUUUUGACACUACAGAUAGAGAUUGUUGUGCCACUCACAAGUUUACGUGUACAUGCAGUUUUCUAAGCUUGUAUUUUCUUGUUCUAUUUUUAAAAUUUGAACUUUGUCACUUUGUUAUAUGACAAACUAAACUCCUAACACUCGUCUCUGAAGGACGUUGUCUUUGAAAGCCAGAGGAUAAGGAUGUUGCAUUUUGUUUUCAUGAACAAAGUAGGACUGGAAUGUUUUUAAUAAAUAAUCUCAUGUGAAGUUAGUCAUAUGAGUCACAAAAGUCACAA